AUGAGUUCCCAACAUUUAAUUCCUCCACUGAAUUAUGGAAUGAUCGAAGAGGCCUUGUAUCGUUCAGGUCAACCAAACGAGCUCAAUUUUCCAUUCUUGGAGAAGCUCGGACUAAAAACUGUGGUCUGGCUAGCACCGGAGGAACCGAAUCAGCGAUUUCUUAAUUUCAUUGACGAUCAAGAAAUAAAACUUCAUCAUCUUGGCGUGAUAUCAUCUGCAAAUGCUUGGGACCCAAUAACAGAAGAAGUGGUCUUGGAGGCAUUAGAGUUGAUUCUUAAUCCGAGAAAUUAUCCAAUGAUCAUAAUGUGUAAUUUAGGCAGACAUAGGACUGGUACAAUCGUGGGAUGUCUUCGUAAACUUCAACGAUGGAAUCUUACGUCAAUAUUUGAAGAGUAUCGUCGAUACGCUGGACCAAAAGUUCGUGUUCUCAAUGAACAAUUCAUUGAGUUAUUCGAUACUGAUCUAGUGAGAGUGCCUGUUAAUAGUCCAAAAUGGCUUUAA